CAAGGACGCCAGAGAACGGCGUGACAUUGUAUCAAUAUCUAUUCAAUCGCCAUCAUUAGCUGCCAUUCCAUCAUUCCUCAAGCACACGCACGUAUCUUGUCUAGUCUCGUCUGUUGGCAGAGGCGAGGUGUAUCAACGAAUCUUGAAGGCAGUGUGAUAUGCGGAUGUUCUUUCAGAGGAAGCUAACGGAGGUAGUCGUGGAGGACUAGUUGGGGUCUGAGGUUUUUGGGAAGGCUCAGUUGACUCGCAACCGCGCCUGAAGACGUCGCGGAUGUAGCUGUCACUUCCGGGGCGUAGAAGACGUCGCUAGUGCCCAUUGCUUGGUCGAGUUUGGGCUAGAAGAAGCCGAUUUCUGCGGAAGCCUCCGCCAGCCCGUUCGCGAAGCUGGUCGACGCUACUAUGGCCCCGCCGGGAGUCACUCUGGAAGCAGAGAUACGCCGGCGUAAUAGAGCCAUCCAAGCCGUCACGGAAUAUUGUGGGGUUGAGGAGGGCGGAAUGCACCCCACUCGAGCAAAGCGACGGAGCGUAAACGUUACCCCGCCGGCUAAGAGCCAAAUAGAGCUUGACGAAGAAGCAUUCGAGGCAGCCAAGGUGUCUGUGUACAAGGAAACGAGGCCGAGGAUAUGUUUCGUUUGCCUGGGUAACGAAAAUCUGCCGACAGAACUGCGCACAUACUCGUUUCAUACCUCUGGCGAUCUCAGCAAACAUUUCAAGAGAAAGCACCUAGCAAAUGCUGGGAAAGGAGAAUCUAUCAGAUGCAAUCUGUCAGGUCGACUUGGACAACAAGAUGCACUGGCAACGACAUGCUCAUGAGGUCCACGGUACUGUCCCGUUGGGCGCUACAUAAAUCUGCGUCGAACAGGACUACAGCGCUCCAGCUUGCACAAGAAGUGCCAAGGAAUGGAUUUACGCGUCACUCUGCCAAAGCAAUGUCCAGGACUCUGAUGGACUCGUCUCAAAAUCAGCAUAGCGAUGGAGGAAGUUCAGACAACGAUAUACAAAUGGAGCCAUCCCAAAGUCUAGUUGCAUUAUCAUACGACAGCUCGUCUCGAGAGCGAAGUUAAGAGACAAGCCAGAACGGUUUUUAAUACUCUUUACAUCACAAUAUUAAGCUACUAGUACUACCUUUCUUAUAUAUAUCUAAUAAUUCAGCGGGCAGACUUAGC